CAUUCGAUUAUCUAUGACGCUAGCAUCAGGUAGAAGGUUAUGUUUUGGUUUUUUUAGUGGAGUAAACAAGAUUUAGAAAAUGGUUUGUGAAAAGUGUGAAAAGAAAUUAGGAAAAGUAAUCACACCAGAUCCUUGGAAAAGUGGUGCCCGAAAUACCACGGAAGGCGGAGGAAGAACAGUAAACGAAAAUAAAGCUUUAACAUCAGGUCGAAACAGAUUUAAUCCUUAUACAUCAUCCUUUGAGAAAUGCAGGAUAUGCAGACAAAAAGUACAUCAGGUAGGAUCUCAUUACUGCCAAGCUUGUGCAUACAAGAAAGGGAUUUGUGCAAUGUGUGGCAAAAAAUUGCUAAGUACGAAAAACUAUAAACAGUCAUCAGCUUAAGUUGCUAUUUGGAUUCUUGACAUGCCUUAAUUCAAAUAAUCGAAAUCUUGUGAUGUAAAUAUGUGCAGAAAAGUUUGAGUAAGUGUAAAUAAGUAGAGAUAGUAAAAAAACCGUGACUAAAUGGAUUCAGUGAAACGAAAUAGAGAAGACCUUUCAUAUACUUAUGUUUAAUUAGCAUGAAAUCAAAUGCGCAGUAUGUUAAAUCUUGUACAUUUCUUAUGUAAUUUUUAAUGCAUUACUUUACUAUAAUAUAAAUAUGGAUAAGUUAAUGUUUGCCUUAACUUAUUUAUUUUAAAUGUUUUUUAUUUAAUUAAAAAGGCCCUCAUUGUUUUGAAGAGCUACAUGGUCUUUAAUGUAGUAACCAACUGAGAAACUGAUAACUCACAGAUACAAACCAUGGUAUCUUACAGGAUUGA